AUGAACGCCUCAGCGACGGUCAACGUACUUCGGCUACUAGUCAAUCCGUCGUUAUGUCUUCCCCAUCACACCAUCGCGACAUUCGAUCAACUGCCAGUCCCCCUUUCACAAGCAUUCAUCAAGCCUGGCUCGGACAAGAAACCGGACAUCAAAGCCGUGGUUCUUGAUAAGGAUAAUUGUUUCGCACUUCCUAAGACCAAUGUCAUCCACCCACCUUAUACCUCCAAAUUUGAAGAACUUCGUAAAGCAUAUCCUGGAUCCAAGCUACUCAUAGUCUCCAAUUCUUCCGGCACAAAUUCAGAUCCUGGGCAUGCAGAAGCUGAUCUACUCGAACGCAACACAGGAGUAAAAGUCCUGCGACAUAGUACCAAGAAACCCGGAUGUCACUCUGAAAUCAUGGAAUAUUUCCGCAGCCAGCCUGAGACUGGAGUGACACGGGAGAGUCAGGUGGCCAUAGUUGGGGAUAGAUUGUUCACUGAUGUCUUGAUGGCCAACAUGAUGGGAAGCUAUGGAGUAUGGAUCGAGAACGGUGUCAAGCAGGACUACGGCCUUAUGACAAGGGUCGAGAAAGGACUUCGUACUUUCCUGCUACGACGAAACUAUGUGCCCCCGGAGGCCAAAAGCGACUUUGAGUGA